ACAGUAUUUCAUUAUGCCUCAGCACCGCCAGAAGUGAGCUCCAUGGAUGAUGUGGCGGGCUACAGCGGGCAGCCGGCGGUGAUCAGCUGCCACGUGCAGACCCUGGUGCCCUUCACCCUGGCCUGGCAGAAGGACGGGGCAGACCUGGGCACCAUACAGAGGUUCCCGCAGUCAUCAGAGGUGCACUACAUGGUGGACUCCCCCGGCCGGGAGGACGAAGGCUACUACACCUGCGUGGCCACCAGCAGCGCCGGGACGGGAUCCUCGACUGUGUUCCUGGAUGUCAAGGAGCCGCCGCCGCAGGUCCAGGCCCCGAGCAAUGUUACGAUGCUGCCCUCACGCCCCGCCGUCCUCACCUGCCACACCUCCUCCACGGUGCCCUACAACAUCACCUGGUCACGCUACGUCAUCAAAGGCCAAGUCCAGGAUUUCUUCGGAAGAACAGAAACAAGUAUUUAUAUGGAGAUGGAGAUAUUGGCUUCCUGCUUUUACUUACAAUGUUUUGUUUGCCAGUCAUUACUUCAUUUAUUUAUCUAUUCUUUACCUAAUCUUUAAGGGGGCUUCAUGGUGCAGUAGUUAGCACACUCUGCUCACAACCGAGAGAGCCUGGGUUCGAUUCCCGGGCGGAGUUGAAAAAUUUGGACGGCUUUUCCGAUACCCUAUGCCCCUGUCCACCCAGCAGUGAAUGGGUACCAGGUA